CCACACUGAAAAAGACAUACUAAUUUCAGAUUCAUUAGUUUGCACAUAGGUGUGGUGAGGUUCAUUUGCUCGGAAAUGCAAAAUAUGUUAACUGUAUGAAAGGGUAAUUCUUUAUAAAGACGCUUCAAAUGCACCGGAGCUACAGCUGCCUGUGUCUGGGAGGUGAAGAGUGGCAGUGUUGCUAAUUAACUAGUUGCUAGUUUGUAGCUAACAGAAGAUGGAAGAUAGUUCUGUAGCUUGCAUCCAUCUAUUGAAAACCUAUAGGAAUAUUAGCUAACUCGAUGUUAAUAAAUCACCAGUCUCUCACCCAUUAGCUAGCAUAUCUUCAGAGAAACUUCAGCAAUGGAGGAAGUUGACAAAAUUCUGAUUCACGCUCUGAAACAAGUAGGCACAGACCUGAGUGAGGAGACGGACAGCGUCAAACAGUUCAGCAGUGAGCUGAUAGUGGAGGCGGUGGUCAAAUGUAUUCGAGUGAUCGAUCCAGGCCUGGGCAACGCAUUACCCACGCUGCUCCCCCACGGCAUGUCUGCCCGCUUCAGGGUCGGCAUGAGUCUGGCACAGGCCUGUCAGGACAUUGGCUAUAAAGGAGAUAUAGGUUACCAGACCUUUCUGUACAGCAGUGAGCCAGAGAUCCGCUCGCUGCUCAUGUUCCUGGUGGAGAAGCUGCCCAGAGAGCGUUUUGAGGCCUCAGACCAGCCAUCAGGGAAAUCGGUGGCCCUCCAGAGAGCCAUUGCUGCUGCAAUCAAAGCCCAACUGGCUGUGCCCUGGCUACCUCCAAACUGCAGACUGCCAAAGUACUGUGAAACACAGAGUCUGUCAGCUUUGCACAGCUUCCAUGUCAAGCCCCUCAGCUUACCACACUGCACUAAAGGCCCAGCCAAGAAACACCUGAAAGAGGUGACGGACUACCAACGGAAUAUUCUGUCUCCUGUGACGGCCCAGCUUUCCAGUCGUGCCUCAAUGGCGGUUUCCGUGCUGGAGCAACACAUGGCUGAGCUGAGUGCUGCUCAGGAGUGGGACAGUGAAUGGAACAGUCAAGGGCUGCUGUCUCGCCUCACACCACAGGAAUACCGUUCCAGGAAACUGACCCGGCUACGGAAACGCAUUGAGGAGCAGCUGCGUUCUGCUGCCCAGCCCUCUCCUGAAAGUGCCUGUGGUGUUCCUUCCUCAGCCUCUGACCUAUCUGAACUACUGCAUGCCUUCAGAGGCUCCGCCCCCUCUGACCACAUCCUGACCAAGAGCACCCACUUCACCCACACACAGAAGUUCACCUUUACACAGGAAGCGGCAGCAGUAACACACUCCAUCAGCGUUGGGCAUCAGUUAGAAGGUGAUACCCAGCUCCAUCAGCAGCAGGAGCUGGCCGCCCUCCAAGAGCAGUUUCAGCAGCUUUGCAGUGAUGUGGACCAUCUAUCAGCAGACAUGAAGCUAAUGAGUGUCACGAAUGCACAGGUGCUGGAUGAGUUGAAGCAGAGAGAAUUUGGAAACUCCCAAAACGAGGAGAAGAUGCAAGUGAAGAAGAAAACAGUUGAUCUGUUGCCAGACGCAGACAGCAACCUACUGAAGCUUCAGGCUCUGGUGGAGGCCAGUACCAAGCGGGUGGUGAACCUGGCGGCCCAGUGGGAGAAACACCGCGCUCCACUCAUCGACGAACACCGCAGACUCAAAGAAAUCUGCAGCAGCCAAGAUCUGGAGUCAUCCAGAAAGCUGUCUGAGAUCAAGUCUCUACAUGAUAAAAUCCAAGUGUCAACAGAGGAGGCCAAGAAGAAAGAGGAAACAUACAAACAACUGCUGACGGAGUUGGAAAAUCUCAAUCAGGAUGUGUCUCGGUCAGCGUACACUCAAAGGAUUCUAGAGAUUGUCAGCAACAUCAAGAAACAGAAAGAGGAAAUUACAAAGAUACUGUCAGACACUAAGGAGCUCCAGAAAGAGAUCAACAACCUGACAGGGAAACUGGACAGAACCUUUGCUGUGACUGAUGAGCUCGUCUUUAAGGAUGCCAAAAAAGAUGAAUCUGUCCGGAAAUCCUACAAGUACCUGGCUGCCUUGCACGAAAACUGUAAUCAUCUGAUCCAGACCAUCGAAGACACUGGUACAAUUCUGAGAGAGAUUCGAGAUCUAGAGGAGCAGAUUGAGGCAGAAAAUGGGAAUAAGACUGUGGCUAACCUAGAGAGAAUUCUUGAUGACUACAAGGCCAUUCGACAGGAGAACUCUGCACUCGCUGCAAAAGUCAGAGAAGGCUGAAGGAGGUUUGUCCUGCUGAGUCUGAAGGAAAACCCUAGAGCCAUAAAAAAAAAAAAAAACCUGACUGGGACUGAAACCGCACUCAAGUUUUCAUACUGAGGAGACUGCUGUUUAUUAACACAGAGACCUGCUUAUCUUUAGAAAGACGAGCUGAUUUUUGUACCAUGGAAACUAAUCUGGUGUUUGAAUGCACAUGAUGAAUGGAUGGAUGGAUGGAUGGAUACCACGAGUUUUUCAUUUCAAAUUUAAUUCUAUGGUUGGGCUCUGGUCCAGACACCGAUUCCAUUGUUCUGUAGGCAAAUGAAACAGAACACUGUACAGCAGAGGGCGCUGUCAGGCCUUCUAGGUCCUUCAUCUUGAUGUGUGAGGUGUCUUCUAAAAAUCUUGUGAUUAAAAUCAAAUCUUUGACUUGGAAUUUUUAAAAGAAUAAUUUUUCCUUCAAUUUUAGACCUUCGUGGUUCGUUUGUCAUAAUUGUAUUUGAAAGUAAUAUGUUGAGUGAAUGACAUUUGAAUGUAGUCCAGCUCCAUCAGCAAAGUAUCAUUGUAUAUAUGGUACCAGCUUCAAUAAAGAUGCCUUACAGACUUGAA